GGGCAUCAAGCCGAAUUUCCCACUUUCCCUCUCCCGCCCCCUUCAGUUCCCUCCUCUGUUCCCUCACUGCUCUUCCAGAGUCGGCUUCGUGAACUCCCAUCAACAAAAAUCAAAAACUUCGAUUACCUCUAAAUCAUCUUCAUCAGAUAUCACUCCACCGUCCCUUAUCAAACAUGGGUGUGAAAGCAGCUAAGAAACGGGACCUCGAACUAAACCAUGGGGAGGUAGAAGAGGAAACUGGGAGGAAUGCGCUUCCGAAAACACACGGCCAAGCCAAAGAGCAUAUUGAGCAAUUACAAAGACUCCAAGAAAAGGACCCAGAGUUUUUCGAGUUUUUGAAAGAGCAUGACAAGGAGCUUCUCGAAUUUAAUGACGAGGAUGUUGAUGUGGAUGCUGAUGAUGAUGUGCGAGAUGAAGAGUUAGAUGAAAAUUAUAACAAUGAACACGAGGCUUCUGAGAAGGAAGAAAAACUAUCUACAAGAGUUAUAACUACGGAAAUGGUUGAUUCUUGGUGUCAUUCAAUAGAAGAAAAUGGAAAAUUGGCUGCUCUUCGUUCUCUCAUGAAAGCUUUUAGGACUGCAUGUCAUUAUGGUGAUGACAACGGAGAUGAUACUUCAACAAAAUUUAGUACCAUGUCCAGUAAUGUUUUCAAUAAAAUUAUGUUGGUUGUUCUAAGUAAAAUGGACGGAAUACUAAGGAAAUCUCUGAAGCUUCCCAGCUCUGGUGGAAAGAAAGAGACGAUACAAGACCUGAUUACCAAAAAGCAGUGGAAAUCAUUCAACCAUAUUGUGAAGUCAUAUCUUGGAAAUGCCCUUCACAUUCUUAACCAAAUGACGGACACGGAGAUGAUAUCAUUCACGUUGCGACGCCUCAAAUAUUCUUCUGUGUUCUUGGUUGCAUUUCCUAGCUUUCAAAGAAAGUACAUUAAGGUUGCCCUUCACUUUUGGGGUACUGGGGGUGGUGCUCUCCCUGUGACCUCGUUCCUAUUUUUAAGAGAUUUAUGUAUUCGACUUGGAUCUGAUUGUCUAGAUGAAUGCUACAAAGGGAUGUACAAAGCUUAUGUUUUGAACUGCCAAUUUGUAAAUGCAGCUAAGUUACAGCACAUUCAAUUUCUUGGAAAUUGUGUCAUCGAACUUUUUCGUGUUGAUCUUUCAACUGCUUAUCAACAUGCUUUUGUUUUCAUCCGUCAAUUGGCAAUGAUUCUCAGAGAGGCAUUAAACACAAGAACUAAGGAAGCAUUCCGGAAGGUUUAUGAAUGGAAGUACAUAAACUGCCUUGAGCUUUGGACUGGUGCUGUGUGUGCUCAUGGCUCAGAAGUUGAUUUUAAACCUCUUGCAUAUCCUCUGACUCAGAUUAUUUCUGGAGUAGCACGUCUAGUACCAACUGCUAGAUAUUUCCCUCUGAGGUUAAGAUGUAUUAAGAUGCUGAAUCGAGUAGCUGCUUCUAUUGGAAAUUUUAUACCUGUGUCCAUGCUUCUUUUAGACAUGCUAGAAAUGAAAGAAUUAAACAGACCUCCAACAGGAGGUGUUGGCAAAGCAGUUGAUUUACGGACUAUAUUGAAGGUAAGCAAGCCCACCCUAAAAACACGAGCUUUUCAGGAGGCAUGUGUCUUCUCAGUUAUUGAAGAGCUUGCCGACCAUUUAUCUCAAUGGAGUUAUUCCAUCUCUUUCUUUGAGUUGUCUUUUAUCCCUGUUGUGCGCUUGCGUAGUUUUUGCAAAUCCACAAAAAUUCAGAGGUUUGAAAAAGAAAUAAGGCAGCUUAUUCGUCAGGUUGAGGCAAAUUCAGAGUUUACAAAUGAAAGGCGUAAAUCAAUUUCCUUUUUACCAAAUGAUCCUGCUGUAUCAUCCUUUCUUGAGGAUGAAAAGAAGUCAGGGGCCAGCCCACUCUCUCAGUAUGUCUCAAUAUUACGUCAAAGAGCUCAGCAACGAACACAUUCUUUAAUGGAAACUAGCGUUCUUGUUGGUGAACAUUCAUCCGUAUUCGGGGAAAGUAUGUUGGACAGUGAAGAUGAGGAUAUUGAGGGAAGAGAAGGGACUUCCGUCUUUAGUUCUGCCUGGUUGCCAGGAAGCGAUUCCAAGGCGAGGCAACCAGAAGAAAAGAAAAGUAAGAAAAAGAAAAGAAAAAAGGAGCAACAAGAUAAGGCAGCUCCUAGAGAUGAAGAUAUCGUGGAGGACUUGGUACUGAGUUCUGAUGAGGACGACGGACUUCUAAGUGACACUUCUGCUGAAAGUGAUGGCAAUGAGAACGUAAAACCUGUUAGAAAACAAACUCAGAAGCCGAAAGUGCCAUCACGGGGAUCAAAGAAGAAUACUCAUUCGCCUGCAAAUAAGGCAAAGAAGAGGAAAACGUCUCGAUAGAAUGAAUAUACAAGCUACAUAGCCUAAGCAGAAACUCAAUGAAAGAAAUAGGUAAAAUGAUGCAUUUCCCAUUAUUUUUGGUCUUAAUAGGUCGGGUCCAGCCGAAGUUAUUCAUUGCAGCUGGAUAAGGAUUUUAGUGUCUGUAUUGUGAUUGAGAAAAAUUUUGGCGAGACAAGUCACAGCUCAUUAUUUAUGGUUUCUUUUUCUUUUGCAUUUUGGACAGGCCUAUUGUACAUUUUGAUUUUAGAGUGACUGUUCACCAUGAUUUAUUUAAUGUUAGGCAAUACCUCGAAUUUUUUCUCCGUGAA